AGCUCCCCGCGGGCGAAGCUGGGCGUCGGGUGCGAUAGCCGGGGUCGCCCCUCGGGCCGCCGCCCCGCGCCUGCCCGCGCUCCCCACGGCGCGCUCCCCACGCCCAGCCCGGAGCCUCCGCGGGGCGCCCUCCAGUCCCCUCCCCCUCCGCCUCGCGCCCUCCCCGGGGCUGCGACACCCCCGCGGCCCCGCCGCGCGGAGCUCCAGGCCAUGGGCUCGGGGCGCGUCCCCGGGCUCUGCCUGCUCGUCCUGCUGGUCCACGCGCGCGCCGCCCAGCAUGGCAAAGCUGCGCAAGAUGUAGACGAGUGUGUGGAAGGCACGGACCAUUGCCACAUCGAUGCCAUCUGCCAGAACACCCCGAGGUCGUACAAGUGCAUCUGCAAGUCCGGCUACACGGGGGACGGCAAACACUGCAAAGACGUGGAUGAGUGUGAACGGGAGGACAACGCAGGCUGCGUGCAUGACUGUGUCAAUAUUCCUGGUAAUUACCGGUGUACCUGCUACGACGGAUUCCACCUGGCACAUGACGGACACAACUGUCUGGACGUAGACGAAUGUGCGGAGGGCAACGGUGGCUGCCAACAGAGUUGUGUUAACAUGAUGGGGAGCUAUGAGUGCCACUGCCGAGAGGGCUUCUUCCUCAGCGACAACCAGCACACCUGCAUCCAGCGGCCGGAAGAAGGGAUGAACUGCAUGAACAAGAACCACGGCUGUGCCCACAUCUGCCGGGAGACUCCCAAGGGGGGCAUUGCCUGUGAAUGCCGCCCUGGCUUCGAGCUCACCAAGAACCAGCGGGAUUGUAAAUUGACCUGCAACUAUGGUAACGGCGGCUGCCAGCACACAUGUGAUGACACGGAGCAGGGUCCCCGGUGCGGAUGCCACGUCAAGUUUGUGCUCCAUACGGACGGAAAGACAUGCAUUGAGACCUGUGCCGUCAACAACGGAGGCUGCGACAGUAAAUGCCACGAUGCAGCAACCGGUGUCCACUGCAGCUGCCCUGUGGGUUUCAUGUUGCAGCCAGACAGAAAGACCUGCAAAGACAUAGACGAGUGUCGCUUAAACAACGGGGGCUGUGACCACAUCUGCCGCAACACAGUGGGCAGCUUUGAAUGCAGCUGCAAGAAGGGCUACAAGCUUCUCAUCAACGAAAGGAGCUGCCAGGAUAUAGAUGAAUGCUCCUUUGAUCGAACCUGUGACCACAUGUGUGUCAACACCCCGGGAAGUUUCCAGUGUCUCUGUCAUCGAGGUUACCUUCUGUAUGGUGUCACUCAUUGUGGGGAUGUGGACGAAUGCAGUAUCAAUAAGGGAGGCUGCCGCUUUGGCUGCAUCAACACCCCUGGCAGCUAUCAAUGUACCUGCCCAGCAGGCCAGGGCCGCCUUCACUGGAACGGAAAGGAUUGCACAGAGCCGGUGAAGUGUCAGAGCAGCCCUGGAGCCUCGAAAGCCGUGCUCAGCUGCAACCGCUCGGGCAAGAAGGACACCUGCGCCUUGACCUGUCCCUCCCGGGCCCGGUUCUUGCCAGAGCCAGAGACCGGGUUCACCGUGAGCUGUGGUACCCCGAGCCCCAAAGCUGCUCCAGCCCGAGUGACCCACCCUGGGAACAGCACCAUCUCCGGCUCCUGCCAUGAGGCCGCGGUGCUGCCAGUCAAGCAGAGGGCCUCCUUCAAGAUCAAGGACGCCAAAUGUCGCCUGCACCUUCGAAACAAAGGCAAAGCAGAGGAAGCCGGCAGAGUCCCGGGGCCAGGUGGUGCCCCCUGCUCUGACUGCCAGGUCACCUUCAUCCACCUGAAGUGUGACUCCUCUCGGAAAGGCAAGGGCAGACGGGCCCGGACCCCUCCUGGCAAGGAGGUUACCCGACUCACCCUGGAAUUAGAAGCUGAGGUCAGAGCAGAAGAAACAACAGCGGGCUGUGGGCUGCCUUGCCUCCGACAGCGGAUGGAGCGGAGGCUGAAGGGGUCUCUGAAGAUGCUCAGAAAGUCCGUCAACCAGGACCGCUUCCUGCUGCGUCUGGCAGGCCUUGACUAUGAGCUAGCCCACAAGCCAGGCCUGGUGGCUGGGGACCGAGCAGAGCUAGUGGAGGUCUGCCGCCCCGGGCAGCACCGAGCGGGCACCAAGUGUGUCAGCUGCCCGCAGGGAACGUAUUACCACGGCCAGAUGGAGCAGUGUGUGCCAUGCCCAGCGGGCACCUUCCAGGAGAGGGAAGGGCAGCUCUCCUGCGACCUUUGCCCUGGGAGUGAUGCCCACGGGCCUCUUGGAGCCACCAACGUCUCCACGUGUGCAGGUCAGUGCCCACCUGGUCAACAUUCAGGAGAUGGGUUUAAACCCUGCCAGCCAUGCCCACGUGGCACCUACCAGCCUGAAGCAGGCCGAACCCUGUGCUUCCCCUGUGGCGGAGGCCUCACUACCAAGCACGAGGGGGCAGUCUCCUUCCAGGACUGUGACACCAAAGUCCAGUGCUCCCCAGGCCACUACUACAACACCAGCAUCCAUCGCUGUAUCCGCUGUGCUGUGGGCUCCUACCAGCCAGACUUCCGUCAGAACUUCUGCACCCGCUGCCCAGGAAAUACAAGCACUGACUUUGAUGGCUCUACCAGCGUGGCACAGUGCAAGAAUCGUCAGUGUGGCGGGGAGCUAGGUGAGUUCACUGGCUACAUCGAGUCUCCCAACUACCCGGGCAACUACCCAGCCGGUGUGGAGUGUAUCUGGAACAUCAACCCCCCACCCAAGCGCAAGAUCCUCAUCGUGGUCCCAGAGAUCUUCCUGCCAUCCGAGGACGAGUGUGGGGACGUCCUGGUCAUGAGAAAGAACUCCUCCCCAUCUUCCAUCACCACUUACGAGACCUGCCAGACCUAUGAGCGGCCCAUUGCCUUUACGGCCCGUUCCAGGAAACUCUGGAUCAAUUUCAAGACCAGUGAGGCCAACAGUGCUCGAGGCUUCCAGAUUCCCUAUGUGACCUACGAUGAGGACUAUGAACAGCUGGUGGAGGACAUAGUGCGUGACGGCCGGCUCUACGCCUCUGAAAACCACCAGGAGAUCCUAAAGGACAAGAAGCUUAUCAAGGCCUUCUUCGAGGUCCUGGCCCACCCCCAAAACUACUUCAAGUACACAGAGAAACACAAGGAGAUGCUGCCAAAGUCUUUCAUCAAGUUACUGCGCUCCAAGGUCUCCAGCUUCCUGCGGCCUUACAAAUAGUGCCUGUGGGCCCCAGACCCGGGUCUCAGAGCUCCCACCUCCCUGGCCCUCAGAGCUGGCACCCCAACCUCAGACAAGAGACUGUCCUCUCCUCUUGGAGGAGAAAUAUCACUACACCAGGCACUCUCCCCUUCCGCCUUUCUAGUUACCUUGUCUUCUUUCUGUCUGUCUCCUGGAAGUCACUCAGUGCUGUCUCUGCUCCCCCCAGAGGUGAAGGAAUCCACUCCCUCUGUUCCUCUACCAUUAUAGCUUGGUGCCUUGCUAGCCAGGAGCUCCCCCCCCCCCCCAUCAGCCCCCGUGCUCCCCGUAGUUGACUCUUCACAGCCCAGAGUCCUGCCAAAGAAGCCUUUGUCACAGCAGCCUUGUGCCCAUGCCAGGCUGCUGGGGCACACAGUUUGAGCCCUGGAGUGUCCACACAGUUGGCCUUUUCAUCUGUAGAGCUGGCUGUCACCUGCCUGGGCCUGACUCCAUAGGGUUUACAAGUGUUCCAUACCAAUGAGCAGGCAAACCCCCGCCCACCGGGUAAGGGAGAGCGGCAGGCAGAGAGGCCCCUGGACAUACAAGUUCUCAGCUCUGCAGGACAGAAAGCAAGUUUUUAAGACAUUGCCCAAAACAGAAAGAAAAAAAAAAUGCAUCACCUAAAGGAGCUUCCUCCAGAACAAGUGGAAGCCAGCCUCAAACACUAACCCUUUUCUUGCUGGUCCUCCCUGCCUAGCUGUACGUACCUUCACCCUACAAAAGGGCUCCCUGGGGGAGGCCUCCCCCUAGCCCCCUGCUAAGUGCUGUCCUUAAUGAAGCCUGGCUGUGGACCCAGCCUAGACCUUGCUCCACAGGUUGUUUUUCCCUUGUAGCCCCAGGUGGCUCGUGGGCUCCACCAAAGAGGACCCCAGCCGGCAGCCUGGAGCGGCCUACCUCUAGCCUCAGGCUGUGGGCGUGGGAGGAAUGUGUGAGUGCCCUUGGCAAGCUGCCUGCCCACCCUCUCCACAUCUGAGAAGUGCAAUCAUGUUGAGUCUUUCUGUGUCGUCUAGAGGGAGGGGGGUUGGUUUUUGUUUGUUUCUUUUUCCUCUUAGAAUAACCCUAUUUAUAGCUGCCCAGGAGAGACAUGCAGUGCGAUGGGGGUGAAGCAACAGCAGUUUGACUGUCAGGGAGCCUUAAGCCUCUGUCCUCCCUGAAGCCACCCAGAACUUCAGAGCCCUCAGCUGUGCAAUCCCUCAGAGGCGCCCAAAGCAUAGGAGACUAGCUCUGGUAACUUGACAGAGCAAGAGGAAGAGGCUUCCUGACUGAGCCGAUCCUGCCUGCCUUGUCUCUCUGGAUUCAUGGAUACAGAUGCAGAUAGAAUCGGUCAGGAAUCUUCUGCAAGUAGGGACAACCUCUGUCUUCCCUGCCUUCAUGCUCUCUCCUGACACGACACGGAAGGGGACCCGGAUAAACUCUAGAGAUGGCCAGCGCAGGCUCCCAAGACUUCCGAGAAGGCUGGAGCAGCCUGGAAUUGGACAGUACCCAUGUAUGAAGAUGGUGAAGAACGAGAACCAGACAUGAGCCUGACACUGGCUACUGCCUCUUGGAGCAGACUUAAGCCUGUUUCGACUACUGUUUUUCAAAAGGAAGAAUGGAGCCUGUGCCCAGGCUCAGGCUCUGUGUGUGCUCCACCCUUAACCCAGUUGCUGCCUGUAAAGUCUCCAAUUGUUCCUUCUCGUUCCCCCAGGCGUUGGUCCUGGACAGCCACCAACGACUCCUCGGGUCCAACUCUAGGUAACUGCCAAGAGAUUCAACUACCGAAUAGUCUGAUCCCUGCACACACCAGCCAACAGCAGACAAAGCUAGCUUCCUGGAUGUGUUAGCCAACACGGUGGGGUUGGAGUGGAGGGCAGAGAAGUAUCACAAAGCUGUUGAAUGGUUUCAUACAAGAAGGAUGAGUGAGCAUUUAGUGGGGGUGUCUGUGCUUCCCCAGAAGCGCCACAGAACAGCCUGAAUGGAGUCUGACCAUCCUACUAGAAGCACGGAUAACUGGGAGUCCUGCCUCCCAGUGUCUGCCUCUCUGGUGUGGCUUCUCAGAACUCCCUCCCUCCCUGGCUCACCAGACACGCACAGACACUCUAGCCGGUUACUCUAUGGCUGAUGGGGCCUGCACAUAAAAUCCAUCACAUGGAGAGAGCAGGUCACUAGACUUAGCUGAUAACAAGAUGGAUGGAGAGCAAGCACGACUUGCUACUGUCAACCAAGCUGGCAGCAAGGAAUCCAGGCAGAGCUGUUAUGGAAUUUAUAGGGGAUACUGGCCCUGAGGCGCCUCACUCUGGGGGCUGAGUGGCUUGAAGGAGGAGAGGAGUUAGGAACUCAGGGACUUUCUAGGACUGUACAGGUGAGACAGAGGUUCCAGGAGGAAGUAGGGGGAUGGGAAGAUGAUGUGAACAGGAACCCUUCAUGAACUGACCCAGAAGCUUCUCUGUGGGCUAUGGUGCUUUUGAAGUCACAUAACCGUGGCACCUCAUCCAUCAUAGCACAAGACCUGCCCUGAACUGAGUCCCAACGUGGGAUGCCACUUCCAAGAGUGCUCCAAGCACCGAGUGACACAUCAAGCAGGCACUUAGAUUCUCAGCAGCACCUCGAUGCCUCUUUAGCCUUCUAUCUCUGUGUCGUCAGCCCAGCCAAUCCCCAAGCCUGAAGUAAUUGGGAGAAAAUUGACCAGAGCCUGGAUGUUAGCUGCCCACCCUAUGCCUUCCGUGACCCUUUGAAGACUGCCAUUGGGUCGCAUUUCCCCGGGGAUGUGGAGGUGGGGAAGACAGGUUUAUUGCUUCAAGUUCAGCGGUACAGUCUGGGCUCUGGCUGCUAGGGGUCUUUGUGAAUCUGCAAAGUGUUCUCCAUGUGUGAUGUCUGAGGCGGCUCUUAAAUGGAGUAGGAAGUCGUCUCUCAGUAUGUAAGAAAAGGCACAUUUGAGGGUCUGUAUUUGCUGCUGAGCUUCAAAGCGGGGGAGCAGAGGCCGCAUGUAACCGACCCCAAGCAGAGCAUGGUGCCCUGCCUGGUUCCUUUCUCAGGCAGACACCACGAUGGAAACCUGUCUCAAAGCUGUCACACUCUGUCUUUCUGCCAUUGUUCGGACUAGGAAUACCUUGAGAACUGGAAGGAUUAGAAGCCUGUCUUGCGAUCAAAGACAAAACAAUGGCAGCCGUUUGGACAAGCUCAAAACAUUGUUCCAUGUGAGCCGAACUUUUAGAGGAUAAUUAUCGUGUGGACGGCUUUUUUUUUUUUUUUUAAUGCAAAAGAAAAUCUCAAACUCCUGUAUUUAUAUCUGCUCUCCACUGCCUCCCGUCCAGCAAGCACCUCAGUCGACGACAGACAGCAGCAGUGUGACACACAGAGUAUUUUGCACUUGGGGAAAAAAAAUUAUGUAUCUGAACUUGUAAAAAGGAAUGUUUGGAUUUUGUAUUGUCUUUUUUAUAUUAUUAAAAUACUAAAUGAAACGCCGAGGUCUAGCAUGCUUCUUUUCCUCUACCUCAACAACGGCUUGUCCCAUAGCUG